GACUAUGUGGAAAUAUUAAGGAUGUAUAUUCCCAAAUAUAUUUAUAUAUUUUUUUCUUGAUCAAAUUAACACAAAUGAAUGACUUUCCCACUAAUUACUGCUUCACACGCAGCUCUUUAUAGUUGUAGUAUAGUGCUGUGCCAUAUGCGUGCGUGUUUCACCUUGACGGUUGUCUGCUGUGGGUUACAGGUGCAGUUCCACGCGCCUCCACUGAGCUCUCAGAGCAUUUGUGCCAUGACUGUGCUCGUGCAGCAGCAGCAGCAGCGCGGAGGGAUGUGCUGUAUCAUCCAGGCAGCCCGGCAGACGCUCCGUCCUUCAGUGGGAAUCCUGCAGCUCCAUCAUGGCUCUCAACAUCCCCGGAGUGGCCGUGAUGAUGUUCUUCUACCUGCUGGUCCUCGGGAUCGGCAUCUGGGCUUCCAUCAAGUCCAAAAGGGAAGCCAAGAAGGGCCAGGGGGAUAAGACGGAGAUGGCUCUGCUGGGCAACCGGGGCAUCAACCUAGUGGUCGGCAUCUUCACCAUGACAGCUACAUGGGUUGGAGGCGGAUUCAUUGUGGGCACAGCGGAGGCGGUGUACAACCCCUCCAUGGGACUGAUCUGGGCCGUCAUGCCAAUCACAGCAACCAUGUGUUUCAUCAUCGGUGGCCUGUUCUUCGCCGAGCCGAUGAGAAACAAUAAAUACGUGACCAUGAUGGAUCCUUUCCAGAUCAAAUACGGAAAAGUACCGACGGCCGCUCUGUCGCUGGCUUCGCUCAUAUCAGAGAUCAUGUGGGUGACAGGGACACUCAUAGGAUUAGGUGUAACUAUGAGUGUGAUCCUGGACUUGUCCUACACUGUGAGCAUCUGGAUCUCUGCGGCUGUGGCCAUCACCUACACUCUGCUGGGAGGCCUCUACUCUGUGGCCUACACAGACAUCAUACAGCUCAUUCUCAUCUUCAUUAGCUUGUGGCUGUGCGUCCCUUUUGCCCUGAUGAACCCCGCUGUGUUGGACAUAACGGAGACGGCCUACAACAACACCUUCCAGUCCCCAUGGGUCGGUACUCUGGAGGCAGACAGAGCCUGGAGGUGGAUCGACAACUUUCUACUGCUGGGUUUGGGAAACUUGGGUCUUCAGAACUUCCACCAGAGGACGCUGUCCGCCGCCUCCUCGGCUACAGCCAAGAUAACCUGCUUCGCUGCCGCGUUCAUCGUUCCCACUUUAGGCAUCCCGCCCAUACUGCUCGGUGCAGUGGCUGCAUCAACAAAUUGGAACAUGACCUCUUAUGGAUCUCCGUCUCCGCUUGAGCGUGGCGAUACAGGACUUGUCCUGCCCAUCGUCCUGCAGCACCUCACCCCGACCUACAUCUCCAUCGUCGGUAUUGGGGCGGUGGCCGCCGCUGUGAUGUCAUCCACUGACUCUGCCUUGCUGUCUGCUGCCUCCAUUUUCACCUCCAACAUUUAUAGGGCCAUCCUGAGGACACAGGCGUCAGAGCAGGAGAUCCAGUGGGUGAUCAGGGUCUCGGUGGUGGUGGUGGGCCUGGCCGGCACAUCUCUCACCUUCCUGGACAACAGCGUCCUGAUGAUCUGGCUGCUUCGCUCCGACCUCACCUACACCCUCAUGCUGCCGCAGCUCGUCUGCGUCCUCUUCUUCAGCGUCUCUAAUGGCUACGGCGCCAUCCUGGGCUGUGUGGUGGGCAUGCUGCUGCGGGUGCUGUGCGGGGAGCCGCUGCUAGGCAUAACACCUGUGAUCAAAUUCCCAGGAUGCACCCUGGUAAACGGCGUCUACGUCCAGCAGUCCCCAAUCAGAACCAUCUGCAUGCUGUCUGCUGUGGCGGCCAUCUUGUUGUUCUCCUACCUGGCGUCUGUGCUCUUUAACAGAGGCCUGAUUCCUGAGAAAUGGGAUGUUUUUAAUGUGAAAGCUACGUAUUCGUCACAAACACAAGGUGACGCCAAAUCGAACCAGAAGUUGAAAGAACAGAACGAGAACAAUGAAGCGUGUGAACCAAUGUUAGAAUCAACAUGUUAAGUAGGAAAAAUUAUUUGAAAUACAUGUUUCAUCUGUUUUGACUGGUUUGAGAACAAAUGUAUGUAUUGUGUAAUGGCACACUUUUAAUUAUAGUACAGUAUAUUUUCGUUUUGUAUACUUUUAUAUGCAGCAUAAAUGGAAAAAACAUCACACCUAUGCUCUUUGUUAUAAGAGCUCAGAAUGUUUUCUGCAAUUUUAUGCAGCAUUGAUACUUUCAAGCAUUGACGGAUUAUAAGACAAUGGACCCCAGAGCACAGACACAUAAAAAAUAUAAUAAAAUAUCAGAUCAGACUAUAGGUAUAGAGUGACGCAGGGAUGACGUAUUUUUGUAGGCCAACCCGGAAGUUAGCAUCACCCUGGUUCCCUCGUAUUUUGACUGUUUGAAGCUAGAAGUGAAACGCCAACGUUAGGCUACAAACUAACUUCACCACGGUCACAUGACUUCAACGUCACCGCUGCUGAACUUCCAAAUUUGUAAUUCGAUUUAACUCUGACCUCUUCUACAAAAAGGCCUUUCCUCUUUUAAAGUUAGUAUAAACACAACGAUGCUGUAAAGACGGACAUGUGAGUAGAUCGGCUUUCGUGUCCUAUGUGAUGACGUCUAACGUCCCCGACAACACAACCGGCUUUUUUUUUAAAGAGACGUAAAAGCUUUAAAUAAAUCACGACUGGUUUAUUUACUGACAUAUUUUAUGUUGUACAACAAAACGUGAAUAUAUAGUGAUCGUACAUUAUCCUCAGAUCAUGUUAUUUUAAUCGUCUAACGAAAAAAACCCACAGACUUGAGCACGAGGGAACCGGAAGUGCUAAAAUGCUAACUUAUUUCCGGGUUUUAGUACACACUCCUGCGGCACGCAGAUAGUAAAAUUAAUGGACAUGGAUUUGGAUCAGGGGCAAAAGGACAUGAAUAUAACAUCCCUACUUUUAAAUGAGCUCUUUGAAUUUAAUAUCAAUCACUGCCACUUAAUACAGAGACUCUGGUUUAAGGGCCCCUGGCUGCGCCUGUGCCUGGUUGGCUCAUAAGAUGAUCCAUCCGUGCUUUAAAAGUAAUUUUAUAUUUGAUUGCACACCAUUCUUCUUUUGGUUCUUUUGGUCCUGGUUUUAUUGCAGCUUCAGCAUUUAAAAAAAAAAAACAGUGGCUGUCAACAGUAAAGUAUUGCAAAUGUUAAAAACCAGGGCUUCACCUGUGGUUUGAUUAAAACUGCCGACAUGCUGCACAACUGAUCGGUGAAUAAAUACAGAGAAACACCAGCUGGACUAAUUUAACAGGUUCUUUUGUGCCUUGAAGGCCAACUUGAUUAAAUUAUGUUGUACCCAGAGCUGAGAUAAACAGAUAAACAUGGAAGCAAAAAGGGCAAAGUGACCAGAAAUUUAUGUUUUAAACAUGCUUUCUCGCACUGCUUUUAAGAUACAGAUACCUUGUUUUUAUCUGUCUAAAAAUAAGGUAUCCACUCUUCUCUAUUGACUGUUGGCAUAAUUUAACAGUUAAUGGGUUAAUGAUUUUAGAUAGUUUCAAAUAAAAUCAAUUUAGUAAGGACAGAUACCUUUUGUGUUUUAAAAUUAUCAAAAUCUGCAUGGAUAUAUUGCUAAACAUGGAUAUAAUCAGUGUUAGAAUUAAACCCUUAAUUUGCUUAAAGUCCACUGGACUUAACCUGACUUCAUGUGUCCUAUGAGCUUAUGAUGACACACAAAAAUAACCAUCCUCUGUUACAUAAUUCAGCAUGGGACUGUGUGGCAUGUCCGGUAGUGACAGAUGUCUGGACAAUCCCUCCCUCUUUCCCUCCCUCCCCCUCUCUCUCGCUCUCUCUCUCCCUCCCCCACGUCUGUGUCAGUCUAAGUCAUGCAACAAUAUAUCAGUGUGGUAUUAUAUGAGGUGGCAUCUCGCUCCUGACUCGUGCCAACAGCUCUAGUGGAACAAUCGUCCCACAGGACACAGAGACGCUGACCGAGAUAAAGGUCUUCUAAAAUAAGACCACACAAGAGGACGCUGCUCCGGCUGCUUCCUGUGUCCUUCGUUUGAUAGUUGAUGGUUAAGUCGACGAUGAGGUUCAGAAUGCAAAGUCUAAGUGUGCACUAACUAGGUAGUGAAUGUGUAGUGUUGGAUUAAUAAAUCAAUUUGACAUUAUUUGAGUUGCAAAGCUCCAAAAUAACGAGUUAUACUUCUAUAUGAUUUUUUUUUUUUGUUUUAUUUGCAUGUUAAAUUAAUUAAUGUUUGUUUGGAAAAUGAUUCUGCUAAAGGCCUUACAUUUCACUCAUGUUGCUCUGCCACUAAAUCAGAUUUGAGUGGAGAAUUUCAUAAUGGUUUCAAUACAGUUUCAGGGCGUUUUACGGCCCUGCAAUGUACAUGUUUUGGCACAACAGUGUAGAUAGAACAAUAAUCUGAGUAUUUUCCUAUUAAAUCUUUGAGUUGAUGUAGAAAACAUAAUAGUUUAAUCCAUUAAAUUCUAACGCAGAAUAAACAGUGACAUUCCAGCUGCUAAAUGCACAAACUCUGUGGCUACUGUUGUGUCUGCAUUAGGUGCACCAACUAAGAAAGUUUUGUGGAUCAGGAUUUGAUGCACAAAGUUUUCUUCUCAAAUAGGUGUAAAAUCUGUUGUAUUUGUUCUCUGUGAGUGAGGUAAAUAAAGACAAGUCUGCAGAAUUUCACUUGGAGCAAUAAACAAACAAACAAACAAAGAAAAUGGUUGUAAAAGGAGAUAAACUGUCAAACAGGAGUGAAAUGAUUUGGCUUCUGCUGUCAGUAAAAACAGAUGCACUUCA